AUGGCGGAGGCGCUGGGCCGCUGGCUCUGCUCGGGCCCCACGGCCCCGGUUUGGGAUUUCGUCACCCGCCACGUCCGGAGCCAGCGGGCCAGGUCCCGGCACCUGCAGGAGCUGGAGGCCGCCGCGGCUCCUCCCGGCCGCCAGGGGGCGCUGCGGGCGGCGCGCGCGCGGCUGCGCCGGGAGCUGCGGGAGCUCGCGGCCGCCACUGCGCAUGCGCGGGACGCCGCGCGCCGCCUGGAGGCGUCGCUGGGGGCGGGGCAGGGCCGGCGGUGGGCGGAGCUUCGGCGGGGGGCGGAGCUUCGGCUGCUGGGGGCGGAGCCUCGGCCGGCGGCGCUGCGGGGCGGCCUGCAGGGGGCGCUGCAGGCCCCGCCCACCCGCCAAUCACAGGCGGAGCUUUCGGCCAUCUUGGCCUCGGGGGCGGAGCCGGAAGUUCUGGUGUCAAUCAAGGCCCUGUGCAAGGCCAGGGAGGCGGAGCUUCGGCGGAGGCCACGCCCACCUCGAGCUGCCAAUCACCCGAGGGAGGCUCCGGAUUGGCUGGCACAGGCUGAGGCCGUGCUGAUUGGCCACAGCCCGGGGGCGGUGCUCUGGGCUUUGGAGGAGUUGGCCAAUCAGAGCACGAGGUGGGCGUGGCUUAAGGGAGUGGGCGUGGCUUGGGGUGGGCGUGGCUUGGGGUCCCUCCCCCCAAAAUUCCAAUUUUGUGGUCCCUAA